AUGACUACUGGAAGCGAUGAUGCAGAUUGCGCCUCUGUCUGGGGCGACUUUGUUGAUUCCGACGACGAGGGCGAGGUUGAGGAUGAAUGUGAGCCGGCAGAACGAUACGAUAAGGGGCUCUAUUAUCCAGUCUGCAUUAGAGAGGUCCUUGCCAACAGAUACCGCAUUAAGCAUAAGCUAGGUCACGGCGGCUUCUCAACCGUCUGGAUGGCACACGAUUUUAACAGCGACAACGACGUUACUCUCAAAAUCAUAACACCUGGGCCUUCUGGCGAGCGAGAAGUCCUCGUCUUCCCCUUGAUGGGCCCCAACCUGCGGACAUAUGCUCGUUCUAUGUCCACUGCCGUUCGGAUGGCAUCUGCCAAACAACUAAUACAAGCCAUUAAGGCGCUACACGACGGUGGAGUCGUACAUCGAGAUAUUAACAGCGCUAAUGUCUUGUACGGACUUGCUCCUUUCGAGGGUGGCACCAGUGUUGCUGCUAAAUACAAAUAUCUCGGGCGUCCGCGGAAAAUGUAUAUACCUACGUCCAAACCUACGUGGAAGGACGGCCAGCUAGUUAUACCUAUGGAACCGCAUAGCUCUAUGGUGCAAGGGACUAUUACCCUUGCCGACUUUGGCUUGGCCGUCAAAUCUGGCACCUCCGUAGAGUGCAAAGUCCAGUUACCUACCAUCUAUUACGCCCCAGAACGUUUUCACAAUAUAGAUCCGGGCUUUACCUCCGACAUAUAG